AUGGGAGGGAUCCGCCAAGUACUUCUUCAACUGGCUUACAUGGAAUACAACAUGAAGGUUGUUGCUCAGUCCUCUGGGGUUGCUGAGCAGGUAGUUGCUGGUACUGAUGAACAGAGACUCAUAUCAUUCAGGAAACAUAAGCCGCCAGCAUUUCAGGGGUCAAGGGACCCGAAGGUAGUUACUACCUGGUUGAUGGGGAUGGAUAAAAUAUUUCAGGUAAUGAGGUGCCAGGAUCCCCAGAGACUGAUGUAUUCUUUUUAUAUGCUUGAGGGAGAUGCCCACGAGUGGUGGUGCAACACAUCUCGCCCAUUCACUAUUCAGGGAGAGGAAUUAACUUGGGCUUUAUUUGAAAGGUUGUUUCAUGAAGGGUACUUUCCCAGAGAUGUCCGGGAAGCCAAGCAGGGUGAAUUUGAAAAAUUGGUGUAG